AGUAUCUUUCAAGGCAUCGGUAAUUAAAGGUAAUUAAAGCUUUUUUUAUAAGUGAGGUGAGCUGGUUCACCUUUAUGUUGUUCUCGCAAUCUCACUGUGGUAUCACGUUAAGUUUGUUAAGUAUUCUAACGCUUGGGAGAGGAGAUUUCCUCUGUGUCUGUGUGUUUUUGUCCCCUUCCUUGCCUGGGAUCCCUCACCAGGGGAUCAGGGCUAAUGUUGGGUGCAUUAUGCGUAAGAAUGUAAACUCUGUAUUCAGUACUUGUUAUGAAAGAUUGCGAUAAACUGAUCUAUGUUAACUUUCGCUAAAAACAAAUUUAUAUAUAAAAUUACUUUACGUACAUUUCAAAGUUUCUAUGUUAUUGUCUUUAUCUUUGCAGAUUAUCUCCCUUUACAAUGGUUGAUUGUUCGACGACAGUUUGGUAUCCUACUUUCUAACAUACCGUACGAUACUGUAUUUUUAAAAGGUUAUUAUCCUCGCAAUGGCUACAUUUUCUUUAGAGCAACUGAACUUUUUUAAGUUUUCCUCUGUCGUACUUGAUGAAUUUCCAAUCGCCCUCCGCCAAGUUUUUGUUCACAUGUGGGACAAUCAAGUCGCUCCUACACCAGGCUUUCAAAAAUGGGACGACUCACCUCUGGUUCGCAACAUGUUUCUCAGUAAAGAGGGUGGAAAGACAAAAUAUGUUCCAACCGCUAAAUCAUAUCAUGCGUGGGACUGCACAGCGCUGUUUGAAGCCACUCUCUAUGCUCAGAGCUUUGCCAUUCCGGACGGAAGUGGAGGCCUUUCAACUUUGAACAAAUUGUACGUGAAGCCCCGUCAUUUACCAAGUGGAACAUUUCACCCUGUCGUUUCAAUUCCUGGAAACGAAGCCGAGACGUUUGCGUUAGCGUUAGAUCAGCUUCGUCUCCUGAGAAACGCACUGUGUCACCAGACAAGCACCCAAAAGAUUGACAAGACAACUUUUGAUUAUUAUAUAAAAUUAGCAAGAGAGGCAUUAACUGCACUUAAACAAGACACAACCAGGAUUGAUGAGAUCGGGAAGCUUGAAGAAGAAGACUUUCCUACUGCCAGGCUUCAGAAGUUAGAAGCAGAGUUGAAGAAAGAAAAAGAUAUUGCCGUCAAGUUUAAGCAAAUCAAUGAUCACCUCAACCAAAUCGAGUGUCAAAUUAAAACUGUACGAUCAUACGUAAAAACAUCAGUAACAGAUGUGCAGACAAAAGUGGAAGAAGUCAGGUCAGACGUCAAAACAGCAGUAACAGAUGUGCAGACAAAAGUGGAAGAAGUCAGGUCAGACGUCAAAACAGCAGUAACAGAUGUGCAGACAAAAGUGGAAGAAGUCAGGUCAGACGUACAAACGACAGUAACAGAUGUACAGACGAAAGUAGAAGAAGUGAAAACGGCAGCAACAGAAGUCCAGACAAAAUUGGAAAAUGUCGAAUCAGAGGUGAAAAUUGCAACAAGUGAGCUAGCGAAAAUAAAAGCAAACGUCGAUGACGUAAAACAAGCAGUUCAGUCCGGAAUCACCAAAGGUAUGUAAAGCGUUGGUUUCUUUGCAAAACACUGGCUGAUCCGUCAUUCAUCUUCCUUGGUUAGAAACUGCCUUGCUAGUUGCGUAUGUGAAGGUUCCCAAAGCAAAUUCCUAUUCAUAUUUUUAUAAUGGACAGUUGUUGGCAAGGUAAUUCCACGUCUAUUUAACAUUGAUUUAUAUUAAGAUUUAGCGAUAUAUCGCUAUGGUGAGGCAGUAAAUCCAGUACAUUUACCAUAAAAUAACAAUCGGUUACACACACAGAUUGUGUGAGCCCCCAAUGCUGAAUUAACGAUACCAUAGGCCCGGCGUAGUCAAUCGAACGAAACCGAACCAAAAAUCAAUCGAACACAAUCCGUCGGAUUGUUGUUCGAUUGUUUCUGUAAUCGAAUAUAAUCGAACUGGAACUUUUCGGUGAGUUCGAUUACCGAGCUCAAUCGAACCAAUCGAACUCAAUCGAUGCGACUAGUUCGAUUUUGUUCGGCAGAAAGACAAAACGCAGCCAGUUUUAAUUGAAUCGGAAAGAUCAUCCCUCUGGGAUGUAUGUGCAGCAGUUUGAAAACAAAAAAUAUUUCAAUUAACCCGGACCUAACUAAAUCUUUAUUGUUAAAGUUAUUAGAAAUCGCUAAAUUCACAACUAACACUGGAAAACAUGAAUGGCACAGUAAAACCACGUAAAGCGUCUUUCCCAGGACAAUACCGACUGGGUGCUGAACACAAGCAACAGUGUAUAGCAUAUACAAAAUAGUCACUACUACCAGUGUUCUCAUUACCUCAAAGUAAAUGUCCAUUAAAACUACAAGCGGCGUCUGUAAAAAGCUGUUGCACAACAGAAGCAAUACAAGCUUACCUUAUGGCGCUACAAUGCUUCAUUAAAAGAAAAAGAAAUCCAACAUCGACGGCCAAAGAGCACUGUCACGUUUUCUGCCCUCUGUAACAUCUUUGCGUACUCGUGUUUGAAAUUGAAGCCAAUUGAUACAUAACUUAUUUGAACGCAAAGCCUUGUUUGAAACCAGAUGAAACUGGUUUAUGUUCGAUUGUUGCAGUGUUCGAUUAGGUUCGAUUGUUGAACUCUCCCAUUUCCGAACGCUCGAUUGUGUUCGAUUGGCAAAAUUUUGGGGAGAGUUCGAUUAAGUUCAAUUACCGACCCCAGUCGAAGACAAUCGAACGACUGGAGUUCGAUUGGGUUCGAUUACCGAACGUUCGAUUGACCACGCCGGGCAUUGGGAACUCACGCUCUUAUUUGUAAACUGCAAAUGGAAAUUAUAUGCCGGAUAAAAACUUAUCUGUGGAGUGUUCAGUUCUUGAAUCUGCUGCGAAGCAGAGUGAAAUUGAAAUUGCCGUACGAUGCAAAAAACGAAUGUUACGAUGUUUGUGUCAGCGCUUUGUCCGUAAAUUUCCCAAUGCUUUAUUUUAUGUGGUUUGUCUUGCAUAUCACUGUUGGGUCACUUGGUUGUCAUUAUCGUCUCGCGUUUCACUGUUGGUUCAUUAAUUAACGUACAGUAAUUAGCGCGCGUUGUCAAUAAAUUAAUAACCAACAGUGAAAAGCGAGAUGAUAAUAACAACCAAGUGACAUCAACAGUUAAAUGCGAGACAAACCACAUAAAAUAAAGCAUUGUGAAAUUUACGGACAAAGCUCCAACACAAACAUCGUUUUUGCAUCGUAGAAACAACUUCCAUGUCACAUUUCUCCGCAACAGAUUCAAGAACAGAACAGGUAAGUUUUUAUCUCUAAUUUAAUUUCCAUUUGCAGUUUACAAAUACGAGCGUGGGUUACCUAUGCAAUGCCAGCAACACCAGCAAAACUGCCCUCGAACAAACGCCGCACCCAACCAGAAGAAAGCAGCGUUUAUCCGAGUUUUAUACGCAAAUAUCUCGGUACAACCUUUAAACCUACACCAGUAGCAGUUACGAAUCUGUCUCAGCAAAAAAGCGACACAUCGAAACCUUUUACAAACAUACCCAUCUUUCUGUUUUGCAUAAUAUUUAUUUAUUUAUGUGUCUAUUUAUUUAUUUAUUUAGUUUUCAUCACAGGGUCCACAGGUUGCAAAAUAUACGCUUGAAUACAAUUUAUUUACAUAUGUUAUUUAUUUUCGUUUGAGUAAGGGAGAUCGAGAAGACGACUGUGAUGAGGAACGAGGGAGGAAGCCCCAAUCUCUCCUCCUUUUUGCCAUCCUGAUUAAUUUGCAUAAUUUCACUUUUUCGCUCGCGCCGCGCGUGGCAAGAAGGACUACUGUUCGCAGUCUCCUUAUAUGAUUUGUUUUCCCAAUACACGUCACGUGAUUUUACUCUAAAGAACUGUGUCUUCUAAUUUUCUUCUUCUUCACACGCAUGAUGAUGUAUUUAAGGUGACUCGACCCAGUUUUUUUUUUUUUUUUUUUUUUUUUUUUGGGGUACCAUCCUACUUUGAAGCUCUCUGGUAUCCCCACCUUUACUUUUAUCGUAAGUCUAACACAUAGAAUGGAUAACAUAUAGAUCAAUCUACAAUAUAACAUAAAAUUUUUGGCGAUCGGAGUAAAUGUCACGUGGUUAUAAUGCCACGCCCCUUUGAGGUCUGAGUCGAAAAUCGGCUGUUGCUGGCAUUUUUUUGUGAAAAUCUCUCGGCUACACAUAGUGCGCAUUAGUGCCUUGCGCUGAACAGAGUUUCACCAAAAUCGCAAAGACCCAAUUCGAGAAAUUCAGUGGUUUCCAAAUUUAGGUCAUAAUUUAUGCGAAAAUGAUAAGCAAACUUUACACGGAUUAUAUCUAACAAGAAGUCGCCCAAAGGCGUUUACGCGGGAUUUGUGGGUUUAGGAAAGAAUUACGGGUAUGUUGGAUGGCAAUGGAAAGUUGUGUAGUGUAUGCAACAAAUGUGUGCUGGAGAGACGGAGAUGUUCUGUUAAGGACUAAUACACUAGAAGAUGAGUUACACACAAGGGUUCCUUUGCUACUCAAAACAAAACUUACAUCAAUAUUACCACCAUAUAUCUUAGUAGUAUGGGGUAGUUCACUAAAAUUUGCAUUCCUUUACUAAUGUCCUCAAAAAAUGCGCUUCCACAUUUAACAAUAGCAUGUAAUGUAUCAUACUUCCAAUCACUACAGGGAUUCAAGGAAGUGCUCUAGGGAAAACUUCAGGGAGCCCUUUGGGCUCCCCAAGCAUUUUUAGCUGGGGUGCCCGGGCCUUCAAGUUGGUCGCCCAAAUUAAUAAAUCAAUGAGCUGUUAGUUAUUAAAAAUUAAACAAAUUAUUUUCUUAACAAGUCAAGCAGAAGUCUGUGAAUAUUUUUUUCAUGAAAAAUCACAUCCCUUUGACCUCCUGAGCGUGCGAAAAAAAAAAAAAAAACCGGCACGUUGUCAUAUGAAAGUAAGUUUUCGCGCCAUAUGAGAAACAUUGACAACGCCGCCGAACAUUUCAUGUUUUGUAAAUGGCAAAGUAAAUUUGGGGUCAAAAAUAAGGGCACUAUUCUUUUUACUAAUCAUUUUGAUUUAGGUUGAAAAGAAAAUUCGCUUAUUAAGAUUGACUGAGAUCCCGUGGUGAUUUCCAGGAAAACUGUUAUGACUUCAACGAAACCGCGGCGCCCCCGGGGGGUUACUUGCGUUAAUUUUUGCGGGGUAUGUGCCGCUGGCCUCUCAGAGCCCCUACCCCAUUAUAGUCUUUUCUGUGGCCAAUUGUAGACUCCACAUAAGUCACUCUUGGGCAAAUAUGUAAUUUUUGCGAUCCCAGCUUAGUCACUUUCUAUUUACGUAUCUAACUUAUCAAUCCUUUAAAUAGGUCAUCAAAAAAUGAAUUGACCCAUUUUUUUAAUAAAUUGAAUGAAGAACACUUUACUUUUCACCUACAGUACAAAUAUCCUGAUACGUUUACUAACCGUAAAUAUGAACAUGAACAGCUCUCUUACCCCAAAAAUCCGAAAAUGUGCGACUCCAUUCUAGUAACUCUUUUGAAAAUGCGACCCCAUUAAUAGUCAAUCCAGUCGUGAAAAUGCCACCCCAUCCAGCGGCACAUCCCCAUUAGCCUCUUUAUAAGGAAGUGCCCCCCCCCGCCCUAAAACCAUUAUCCCUUUUGAGUAGAUUAUCUUGUUGUAAAGUCGUCGUUUACGCGCAAAAGGGAAGUAUUUUCUUUCUAUAUUACCGGUCAAAUGUUCAGGAGAAAUGUAGAUUCGGUUAGCUUUUGCAUAUUUAUUUUUAGUACGUGAUACGUAAUGCCUUGUCACGACACGAAAGACAAUGCGGGAUUUAUACCCGAUUCUAGAACAAUCACAAUUACAAUAGUCGUCUCUUUUCUUUUUAUGCAUCGUAUUUUACUGGAAUAACAAUCUUAGUUAUGUUUUAACCUCGCAGACACAGCAGUAAAAAAAGGUAAAAAUAUUUAAAGAACAUAAAAGACCGACCCCUUGUUUAUUCAGCGAUUUUUCAAAAUACAAAACUAUCGUUUUGCGUCGCCGACCGUACUUCACGCCUGUCAGAGCAAAAGUAACAAUUUGUUUUGAAAAACUAACUAAUGAACAAUCGUAAUUUGAAGAAAAAAUUUCAAUGUUAUUAUGAAAAGCUGUUACUAUCGAAAACUGUGCAGCUUGUCACGUUCAUAGUCAAGGAUUAUGUUACAUGUGAAUUCACGUGAAACAACCUUUGAACAUCAACGCGUGCCCGCUACCCGAUUUAACAACAUUUUCCUAAAGCUUUUUGAUAGACAUGCUACUUAUUGCUACUUACAAGUCGACCUCAAGAGUUUCUUAGCGAGCGGAGCGUUCUUUUUAGGCCGCGAAGCCACCGAGAGAGCUACGAUUUCGCAAGUAAUAAAUUCUAGACAUUCUUAGCUUUUUGACUGUAACUCAACAAGAAACCAACACCAGCAAGUCGCCCGGCUGGGCCACCUAGACAAUAUUUUCAGUCGCCCGAGGCCAAGUCUUGCGCCGUAUUAAGAGCACGGCCUUGAGUCUUCGUCCUCCUCUACACCGUGACCUUACUUUUCCCUCCUUUGCUGACGCAGUAUCUUUUUUCGGCUUGUGCAAUCCAGCCUGACUUGCACGUGCUUCGACGUUUCCGCCAAUAAAAAUCCACACAAUUUUUCGGGACGGGCACGGGAUACGGGAAAGUUAAAAAACAAGGCAAUUUUUGACUCCCAAGACGACGAAAGGAAUGUGCUACCGAAUUUUAGACGCUGGCUGACUACGUCAUCCCGCGUAAUAAACCAAGAGAUUUAUCCCUUUAUUUUGGGCAUCGUUAUAACAGAUGGGUCCUUGCAAGUCAGCAAAACGCUUUAGAGCCUUGUAAAUGCGCGCGAUUUCGAGCAAAGCAAACAUAUAGAAAUUAUAGUUUUCGCUAUUUGUUGACGUUUGUCAGCGUUUGAGAGUCCUUCUCACGAAAAAAGCAUUUUCUUAAAAAUUCGUAGCUUUUUUUCCUUCAAAUUUUUUCAGGGCCACAAUAAAUUAACUAACUACCCGGACUCUGAAUUUCAUGGUCAUUGAAAAACUGUGACAUUAUCUUCUAUAAGCUCAAACUUGAGUAAACAUUGAAGAUUUUUAGCGUUUUGGCUGAGUUUGUGCUUUGGGAGUUGUCUAUUGUUUCUAGUCUGUCAUUAUACAGCAUUCUUGUUCAGCACGCGUGCAAUGACCACGCUUGGCUGACCUGCGAAUGCUCACCGAGAUAUUCCCGUCACGAGUUGGUUUAAUUAUUGGCUUGCAUUAAACCUGUGAAAAAAUGAUAUUUUUGUAAUAGUAAGUAGACUUAGUGUGUAGCACUUCUUGAUUUUUUUGCAAAGACACAAGAAGCACGAGAAUUGAUUAAAAAUUGUUAGUUAAACCUCUAUGUAUCACGCGAUGGCCUGUCUCACUGUACCAAAAUUAUAAUAUCUCGGUGAGCAUUCGGAAGUCAGCCAAGCGCGGUGAUUGCACGCGUGCUGAACAAGAAUGCUGUAUCAUGACAGACUAGAAACAAUAGACAACUCCCAAAGCACAAACUCAGCCAAAACGCUAAAAAUCUUCAAUGUUUACUCAAUUUUGGGCUUAUAGAAGAUAAUGCACAGUUUUUCAAUGACCAUGAAAUUCAGAGUCCGGGUAGUUAGUUAAUCAAUUGUGGCCCUGAAAAGAUUUGAAGGAAAAAAAGCUACGAAUUUUUAAGAAAAUGCUUUUUUCGUGAGAAGGACUCUCAAACGCUGACAAACGUCAACAAAUAGCGAAAACUAUAAUUUCUAUAUGUUUGCUUUGCUCGAAAUCGCGCGCAUUUACAAGGCCCUAAAGCGUUUUGCUGACUUGCAAGGACCCAUCUGUUAUAACGAUGCCCAAAAUAAAGAGAUGAAUCUCAUAGUUUAUUAUAUAUAAUCCGUAUAAAGUUUGCUUAUCAUUUUCGCAUGAAUUAUGACCUAAAUUUGAAAACCACUGAAUUUCUCGAAUUGGGUCUUUGCGAUUUUGGUGAAACUCUGUUCAGCCCAAGGCUCUAAUGCGCACUACGUGUAGCCGAGAGAUUUUCACAAAAAAAUGCCGGCAACAGCCGAUUUUCGACUCAGACCUCAAAGGGGGGUGGCAUUAUAACCACGUGACAUUUACUCCGAUGGCCAAACAUUUUAUGUUAUAUUGUAGAUUGAUCUAUAUGUUAUCCAUUCUAUGUGUUAGACUUACGAUAAAAGUAAAGGUGGGGAUACCAGAGAGCUUCAAAGUAGGAUGGUACCCCCCCCAAAAAAACUGGGUCAUCGAGUCACCUUAAAGAGAAGAAACAAAUUCCCUUGAAAAAUCACAUGAACUACAAUGGGGAACAAUAUAAAUGCUAAAAAAGACCUUUUAUUAAAGAAUGACUGUACAGGUGUAGACGACUGAACGUUCACCCUAGCCUGGAGCGUAUAACUCAGUCUUCUCAAUACUAUUGUUAAUUACAACUACAAAGUUCUGAUUAUUCUCUGCAAUGUAAUUUGUUUGUGGUCUCUUCAGAUUUAUUUGUGCCCGACUCCUCCAUACCUGAUGAAUUACCAAAUUUUGUUGGCCGCGGCAAAGAAUGCAAAGCAAUAGAACAUCAUUUAACAGAUGAAGUUACUCGACUGGUUAAUGUCUGGGGUCCACCUGGAUUUGGAAAAACAUCAGUGGCCAUCAGGGUGGCGCAUCACUUACAAGAGAAGAAUUUUCCAGUUUACUUCGCUUCCGUUCGUGGAGUGGAAAGUAUGGAGGAUUUAGUGUCAAAGCUGCUCAGGAUGUUCGUAGACGAUAAACAAGUGCACCAUAUUGCCUCGUCUGACCUCGUCAUUCAAUGUUUACAGCAAAUUCGAAAUCCUUUGGUCUUAAUAUUAGAUAACGCCGAUGAUUUAUUAGAAUCUGAAGAUGCUAAACGGAAACAGCACGUGCUCCGAUUCAUUGAGGAGAUCCUUACUCACUGCAAACACAUCAAGCUUCUCUUAACUACUCGCGAAAGUCUCGACUACUUAAGCCACAAGCUUCCCAUCUUUUUGGAGAAAAUUAACGUAUUAGAUGAAAUUUCGUCAGCGCAUCUGGUAAGGCUGUUGUUACCAGAUGCAUCUGAAGGUGACUGCAAAUACGUAGUGAAGGAAUGUGGAAACGUUCCUAUGUCCAUGCGACUAAUGUGCAGCAUCAUUAAGGAAGCAAACAUAUCCAUAAAUGUGCUUUUAGAUGAACUAAACAAUUCAACUAUAGUUGAAGUUUUGAAUAGUGAAAGCGUUCCUGACGAUUUCCGGCUGAAAUCUGUAAUUAACACAUCGUUUAAAAGGCUCAUGAUUCGCGAAAGAGACGCGUUUGUUUCGCUUUCUGUUUUUCCUGAGUGGUUUGGAAUGGAGGAAGCUCAAGCCAUAUUGAAUGUAAAAUCGGAGGUUAAAACCAAACAAAUCAUUCGAUCAUUGGAGAGAAAGUCCCUUAUACGUUGUGGAGAAAAUUUUAGCCGUUUUACGAUCCAUUCACUUUUACGGUCCUUUAUUAAGGAGGAAGUAAAGAAUGACGAAGCGGUUGAAGCUGUAUUUCUAGAUGCACAGCUUCAGUUUUACGACUAUUACAUUUCUAGGUGUAAAGUUGCUAAUAAAAACUUUCUGAUAGGACGCUAUACAAACGCCUUCAGAAGCUUCCUUGACCAGCGUGAGUGCAUCAUUUCAUCCCUUUCUAAUGGACCUGGAAAUGACAGGACCUACAACAAGGUUGUAGACUUGUUAUCUGAGGCAAAAUCAUUUCUCUAUGUUGCACUGCAUGGUGAAAAAAUGUUAUUUGAGCGCCUUUAUGACAUAGCAAUAGAAGAAGCAAAAAGAAGGGAAAAGGACUGCGACAAAAAAACGUUACUCUCUGCCAAAGAAUUUCCUCUUAGUCAGUGGUAUCAGCCAGACACUGCUAAAAGCUACUUCUGGCUUGGUAGAGCGCAGCGUGAAGCGGGAGAUCUGACAACAGCAUUGGAGUCUCUACAGUUAAGCUUACGAUUAAGAAAAGAACUGUUAGGAGAUCAUCCUGAUACAGCCGAAGCCUUUCAUGAGCAAGGCGUUAUCCAUACUUUUAUGGGUGAUUACAAGUCAGCUGUUGAGGCAUUCCAAAAGGCAACAGAUAUAAAUUUAAAUUUCCGCGGAGAUCACAUAUUUACAGCACACAGCUACCACAGCCUUGGUGUAGCGCGGCAUAACAUGGCAGACUUAACAGGAGCAUUGGAUUCGUUUCAAAGAGCAGCAAACAUGAGAUCAAAGCUGCUUGGUGAUCACGAAGACACUGCAAGCAGCAACUACAAGAUUGGUUUAGUGCAGCGUGACAUGGGAGACCUUAAAGGGGCUUUGGAUUCUUUACAAAAAGCAGCAAACAUCAGAUCAAGAGUGCUUGGUGAUCACAAAGACACGGCACUUAGCUACUAUUGGCUUGGUUCAGUGCAGCGUGACAUGGGAGAUCUUAAAGGAGCUUUAGAAUCUUUACAAAGAGCAGCAAACAUCAGAUCAAGUGUGCUUGGUGAUCACGAAGACACGGCAAGCAGCAACCACCAGCUUGGUUUAGUGCAGCGUGACAUGGGAGACCUUGAAGGAGCUUUGGACUCUUUACAAAAAGCAGCAAACAUGAGAUCAAAGCUGCUUGGUGAUCACGAAGGCACAGCAAGCAGCAACCACGAGCUUGGUUUAGUGCAGCGUGACAUGGGAGACCUUAAAGGGGCUUUGGACUCUUUACAAAAAGCAGCAAACAUGAGAUCAAAGCUUCUAGGAGAUCAUCUCAAUACAGCCGACAGCUUUUAUGAACAAGGUUUUAUCCAUUUUGCCAUGGGUGAUUUUAACUCAGCUGUUGAGUCACUUCAGAAAGCAGCAGAUAUGAAUUUCAAUCUCCGCAGAGAUCACAUUAACACAGCAAGCAACUACCACACCCUUGGUAUGGCGCAGGGUAACAUACAGGACUACGAAGGAGCUUUAGACUCCUUACAAAAGGCAAUACAGAUGAAAUCAAAUCUACUUGGUGAUCACGAACGCACGGCGUCCAGCUACCACCAGCUUGGAGUGGUGCAGCGUGCAAUGGAAGACCUUAGAGGCGCUUUGGACUCUUUUCAAAAAGCAGCACACAUGAGAUCAAAUGUGCUUGGUGAUCAUAAAGACACUGCCUACAGCUACCACAACCUAGCUGUCACGCAGCGUGCAAUGGGAGACCUUAAAGGCGCUUAGGACUCUUUUCAAAAAGCAGCACACGUGAGAUCAAAUGUGCUUGGUGAUCAUAAAGACACUGCCUACAGCUACCACAAGCUUGGUUUAGUGCAGCGUCAAAUGGGAGACCUUAAAGACGCUUUGGACUCUUUUCAAAAAGCAGCACACAUGAGAUCAAAUGUGCUUGGUGAUCAUAAAGACACUGCCUACAGCUACUAUAUGCUUAGUUUCACGCAACAUCUCAUGGGGGACCUUACAGGAGCUUUGAAGUCUGUACAGGUGAGCUUACGAUUGAGAAAGGAACUAUUAGGAGAUCAAAUAGGUACAGCUGACAGCUAUCAUCAGCAAGGCGCUAUCUAUUAUGCUAUGGGUGACCAUAAGUCAGCUUUUGAAGCAUUCCAGAAAGCAGCAGACAUAAAUUUAAAUUUGCGUGGAGAUCACAUACUUACGGCACACAGCUACCACAGCCUAUCUGUCACGAAGGAUGAAAUGGGUGACCUAAAAGGAGCUUUGGACUCUCUGCAAAGAGCAGCAAACAUGAGAUCAAAUCUGCUUGGUGAUCACAAAGACACGGCAAGCAGCUACCACAGCCUAGGUGUCACGCAGCGUGCAAUGGGAGACCUUAAAGGAGCCUUGGACUCUUUACAAAAAGCAGCAAACAUGAGAUCAAAUGUGCUUGGUGAUCACGAAGACACGGCAUCCAGCUACCACGAGCUUGGUUUAGUGCAGCAUCAAAUGGGAGACCUUAAAGGCGCUUUGGACUCUUUUCAAAACGCAGCACACAUGAGAUCAAAUGUGCAUGGUGAUCACGAAAACACGGCAUGCAGCUACCACAGCCUAGGUGUCACGCAGCGUGCAAUGGGAGACCUUAAAGGAGCUUUAGACUCUUUACAAAGAGCAGCAAACAUGAGAUCAAAUGUGCUUGGUGAUCACGAAGACACAGCACGCAGCUACCACCAGCUUGGUGUUGUGCAACAUGGAAUGGGAGACUUGAAAGGAGCAUUGGAAUCUUUACAACAAGCAUUAGAUAUGAGAGUUAAACUACUGGGUGAUCACGGAGAUACGACAAGCAGCUUGAAUGAAUUACGUGCUGUGCGGAACAAACUACCAUGA